AUGGCCGAUGAUACAUCAUUCCGCGGCGAAACGUCCCUCUCGCGCCUCCUUUCCACCUUGCGCGCAACGCUGCAUGAGGAAACAUAUGUCUUCGCGAGCAUUCCGGACACCCACCACCUGCCCGUGCCGGUCGAGGAGAUAACUCUGUUCUUCCGUGAGCCGCACCGGGCCAGCGGGAGUGACACUGAACCCUUGUCAUCGUCACCCUCAUCAUCACCCUCAUCAGCAGGAGCACCAGCAGCACCAGCACCAGCAAAAGAGGGGCAGGGACAGAGACAGGCAAAAGGCACGGCCAUCACGCUCAUCCUCCGCCUCGAAACCGCCCAGAAACACGGCAUCCAGAACUACACGUACCCGUGCCGGAUGAUCACGUGCGACGUGCACUCGUCGCUCGAGGCGGUGGGCUUCAUGGCCGUGCUGGCGACGAGGCUGGCUGGCCGCGGAAUCAGCGUCAAUCCCAUCAGCGGCUUCUCCCACGAUCACCUCUUCGUGCCCGUGGAGCGGGCCGAGGAGGCGGUCGCAGAGCUGCUGCUCGUCAGAGAGGAGGCUGUGAGGGAUUUAGAGACUGGAUCGAAACGGUCCUGA